AUGAUUGAACCCGAUCCGAAGCGGCUCAAGACCGAGGACGCUCCCUAUGAGCUAGUCUACUGGCACGGCCUCCCCGGUCGCGGCGAGUUCAUCCGCCUCCUGUUUGUGGAAGCCGGCGUCCCAUGGAAAGACACCUCAGAUAAAGGCAUGGAAGCCUCCACAGGCCAGGUUCUUGAACUCAUCUCCCCAGACUCCGGGCCGUCUGUCCAGGGCAAAAACCCUCCCGUCUGCGCCGUCCCCGCUCUCCGUCACGGUGACGUCCUCCUCAGCCAGACUCCCAACAUCCUCCAGUACCUGGCCCCGAGACUGGGAUUGGCCCCCAAGGAGGGCGUUGCCGUCUACCAUCUGAACCAGAUUGUUCUCACCCUCAUCGACGGUUUUGUCAAUGAACUUCACGAUACGCACCACCCCAUCUCCGUCUCUGCCUACUAUGAGGAUCAGAAGCCGGAGGCCAAGAAACGUUCCAAGUUCUUCAUUGAGGAGCGAAUCCCCAAGUUCCUGGGUUAUGCGCAGAGGGUGCUAGAUGCUGAGACCAGCGGCGAGGGACCCUGGUUGUAUGGAGAUAGCCUCACGUAUGCCGAUCUCGUGCUCUUCCAGUCUAUUGACGGAACGCAGUUUGCUUUCCCCAAGACAUUCCAGAAACUCAAGGAAUCAGGUAAAUAUGAUGGUGUGUUCAAGCUUUACGAGACAAUCAAGGAGCGUCCGGCGAUCAAAGAGUACCUGGCGAGUGAUAAGCGACAGAAGUAUGGCGACGGAAUUUGGAGGCACUACCCAGAGCUUGAGGAAGAGGACGAGAAGAAGGAGUAG